AUGCCUGGGGCUCUUUUCGAUCCCAUGGCCAAGGUAUGCAAGGAGAUGGCAGCUCUAUCGUCACCACCUUUUCAACAGAAAUUGAUAGAUACGCGGCGUCGUCCGCACUCAAGAGGAGGCCAUACCGAUCACCGAGGAGUUCAUCUUCUCAACUCGGAAACCAAAACGGCCACGUCCAAAAACGAAAGGCCGUCUAUUGACCACCACCCCGAUGCCGGUUUCGCAUACUACCACAGCACUUCCAACUUCUUCUCAUCGAUCCGCCAAGAGCCCCAAACUGUGCUACUCUCCGAUGACCACAAUAGCACCCCCUCAAUCCCCUCAACCUCGCACGAUCGCCUCCAGGCCGUACAGUCCCGUAUUUACACCACCGAAUCGUAA